CGCUCCGCGGGAGCAGCAGCAGAACCGCUGUGGUGAAGACGGAAGAUGGCGUCCAGCUCGGAGCGCAGCCCUCCUCCUUUCCCCGACACCGAGGACCAAGACGUGCUGGACUCCGAGGAGGUCGCGGGUCCGGACAGCGAUGAGGACGACGGCGAGGAGCUGUUCAUCAGCGCGAGCAAUACUCCACUCACCAACAAGGACACCGCGGUUACACCUGCCAGCCAAUCCAUCGACCUCCUGAAUGACCCGUUAAUGGAGGCGCUCGACUCCCCGGCAGACGGCAAAGCCGCCGGGGAGAUUGUCCGGGAACCUUCUGAAGAGUUCGAGGACCUGACAAACAACCUGAGCGCCGCCGCGGAAAGUCCCGCUCCAGCCUCUUCCAACGAAGAGUUUGUCGACUUGCUGGGAAGCGAAGCUGAAGCUCUGGAGGAGGAGGAGGAGGAGGAAGUAGCAGCAAUGGUUGAAGUUGAAGUGACGGGUAGCGGAUCUGCAGAUCUACCCGGGGAUGAGGAAGCAGAAGGUCACGCCGAACAGGAAGCAGCGUCCGCCGCGCCGGUCAUCGACCUCGGCGAUCUUCUGUCCGCCGAGACGCCACAACAGUCCGGCGUCAGCGACCAGUUGGCAGACCCUCUGGUCGACUUCCUCGGCGACGCCCCGCCCGCUUCUUCUGAUGCCAAAAAAGCCGGUGGCGCGGUGAUCGACCUGUUUGACGAUGACGGGAGCGACAUUUUCACCGGAGCACAGAUAGUCAAACCCGCCAAGCAGGCUCACAAGGACCUCUUUGAGGAGCUGGAUGACGACCCGUUGGGCGACCCGUUGGGUGAGCCGUUGGGAGCCUUCGCCAAGAAAACCCCCAGUAAAGACCAGAAGGAGGAGUCGGCCCCGACCAAAGCUGCCGUCUCUGCUCCUCCUGGAGGACCGCUAGGCAUCAGUAAUCCCACAGAACCUGCAGAUAUCUUCAUGGAGGAAGCCGUCACUACGAUGCCGAGCACGAGCAACAGCAGCGCCGUCAACGCCAAGGCCAACGGAGUCCACUCGGAAGAGGAGGGCGACCUGUUUGCUGAAGCAACGGUGGAGCUCUCCCUCGACAGCCCUCGGACGGAGAGAAAGAAGGAGACAGCUGCCAAAGCGUCUGCUCCCACGUCCAGCUCCAGCUCCCUCUCGGCCGCCGCCGGCCUGGCCAAGCCCCAGUCUGCGUCCCUGGAAGAGUUGGAAGAAGAGGAAGAGGAAGAACUGGAAGACAAAUUUGACAUUUUUGUCUCUGUGAAAGACCCUGAAAAAAUAGGGGAUGGCAUGAACGCCUACAUGGCUUACAAAGUCGCCACACAGACGACGAUGGCCAUGUUCCGCAGCAAGACCUUCACCGUGAAGCGGCGCUUCAGCGACUUCCUGGGCCUCUACGAGAAACUCUCGGAGAAACACGGCCCCAACGGUUACAUCGUGCCCCCGCCGCCCGAGAAGAGCCUGCUGGGGAUGACCAAGGUGAAGGUGGGAAAGGAGGAUUCCUCGUCUGCAGACUUUGUGGAGCGGAGGAGAGGCGCUCUGGAGAGGUAUCUCCAGCGGGUGGUGAAUCACCCAUCGCUUCUGCAGGAUCCAGAUGUCAGAGAGUUUCUGGAGAAAGAGGAUUUGCCGAGAGCGGUGAGCACGCAGGCUCUCAGCGGCGCCGGCUUCCUGAAAAUGCUCAACAAAGCAACGGACGCCGUCAGUAAAAUGACCAUCAAGAUGAACGAGUCGGAUGUGUGGUUUGAGGAGAAGCUGCAGGAGGUGGAGUCUGCGGACCAGCACUUCAGGAAGAUGCACGCUCUGGUGGAGUCGCUGGUCGUUCACAGAAAAGAGCUGUCUCUCAACACGGCCAACUUUGCCAAAAGCGCGGCGAUGCUGGGCAGCGCCGAGGACAACACGGCUCUGUCCCGCGCGCUGUCGCAGCUGGCCGAGGUGGAGGACAAGAUGGAGCAGCUGCACCAGGACCAGGCGGCCCACGACACCUUCACCUUCUCCGAGCUGAUGGCCGACUACAUCCGCCUGCUGGGAGCCGUGCGGGGCUCCUUCGACCACCGCAUGAAGGCGUGGCAGCGCUGGCAGGACGCUCAGGCCAUGCUGCAGAAGAAGAGGGAGCUGGAGGCCAAACUGCUCUGGGCCAACAAGCCGGACAAGCUGCAGCUGGCCAAAGAGGAGAUCACCGAGUGGGAGGCCAAAGUGACUCAGUAUGAGAGAGACUUCGAGAGAGUUUCUGCAACUGUACGCAAGGAAGUCGUCCGCUUCGAGAAAGAAAAGACGAAGAACUUCAAAAGACAGAUAAUCAAGUACCUGGAGUCUCUACUUAAGUCUCAGCAGCAGGUGAUAAAGUACUGGGAGGCGUUCCUACCUGAGGCCAAAGCGAUCGCCUAACCUCCUCGCACCAGCCGUCUGAGCGACGCCGGGCUGCCUUUCUUCUUAUAAACCUUUACCUCUAUUGCCUUCAAACCAAGGAAACCGUGUUGAAAAGGGAGAUACAAUCAACCUGUCUUUUUUUUUUUUUUCUUUCUUUCUUUCUUGAAUCACCUUUUUAAAAACUAAACUCUGUUUUCUUUUGUAUUAAUAACUGUAUAUUUCCAUUUACCCCUUCCACAAAUAUUUUCUUAUUAGAGCAAAGUUUGCAUAUACAGGGACGAAUGAGAGGAAACGACUGUAGAUAAAACGAUUCCAUUGAUUUCCGCGACGGAGGAGAGAUGAGCAGAAACGCUCCGGACGCUCGUCCUGGAGCGUCUUCGCUCCGGCUAAGAUGCGUCUCGGUGAAACCAGUGGCCACGAGCCUCCUCUUUUUUGUUUUGUCGUCUUUUGUUUUGUUUUUUUUAAUCAAUGAAUCAAAGGGAUUAUGUAAAACAAAGAUUUAUGAGCACUUCCACCAGCCAGGGUGUUGUUUUUUUUAGUUUUUGUUGGGUUUUUUUCAGGGGGAAGAGGCAUUAGCAGGAUGUACAGAUGUUUCAGUACGAUUCCCAUCAUGUAAACUUUAUAUCUGUGCCUUUUUUUUACCGUACAAAGGUGCGUUUUUCCUCCAGUUUGACACCAGUUUUGGGAAAAAGUUGCAGCGUGGGGGCUGGAAAACAGUUCCGUACAGCAGCCCGUAGUGACGUCACGCAAACGUGAACGCGUUGCCUUGCAUGUCUUUUACUCUUUAAAGCCGGUUUACUGUCUGUUGUUUCCGUAGCCGCUCCUCCAGUUUUCAGGCAGCCCCGUCUGGAAAGCUUUUUACUGCCCAGACUCGACGCGGGUGAAACUUGAGGCCGUUUCGCGUCAGAGGAAAAGGCGGUAAAACCUUCGUCUGCCAACUCAAACGAGUUCAAGUCCGAUCCGGAGGUUUUUACGACGUGCUCAUGUGAUGAAACCUGCAGUGGAAACGCUGACUGGAUGAUUGGAAGUGGAAGGAAAGUUACAAAAAGAUAAUGCAGCAGCAGCAGCAGCUAACAGUUGUUUGACUUGUUGCUUAAGUAGUAAUGUUUGGUUUACAUCUAAAUAAACAAAAAAAUAGUUUCUGAUCGUGCAAACUCCAGGCUUCAUUCAGUCUUCCCCCUGUUUGCACACGGAGAGUGCAAAGUCCUCCUCGUCCGUCAUGCAGACUGCUGCACCGUCACGAGUAAGUCGGUGCUUCCGUGUCACGUUUUGGACACUACGGCAGAAAUUAGUGCACAUUUCAUCUGAUUUAGUGUAAUUCAGAAAAGGUUUCCACGACACGCUGCUGCCAGUGAGCAACGAGACUGAAAUACGAUUCCUCAGAUUCCUCCCAAAGCCUUGUGAAUGAAAUGAAACAGUUUGAUGAGAAAUCAGGGGAAGUAAAGUACUUUUAACACGAAGAAGCUGCCGUUUCCGGGCGGCAAAGCUUCCAGCACGAAGCAGCAGGUCACUGCUUUUACUAACAACAUCCUCCACAAUCAAGUUUGUGAUGAUUCUGCUGCUGGCGUUGUCGUGAACGUGAGGUCGUGACCUUUAGGGUGCAGAGCUCGGUCACGGCUGCACGCG